AUGGCGCCAGACACAACACUACAACGAUAUGAAAUCGAUAGCUUUAAAAACACCAAUUGUAAACGUGUUCCGUUCGAAGAAUUGGAUUUUACGAUCUACAAGCCUAAUGCUAACCAUGUAGCAUUUUCAACCACGGAAAUACGUCUUUUAUCAUGGAUCAAAGCCUUGUACCUUCGCUACUACAAACAUGACGGUUUCAACAACGCCGACAUUAGUCAAUGGGCUGAACAAGAAAACGCGAACAGCCCGAGCAAAUGUGACAAAAUCACAAUAACUAUCCUCGUAAAUGACAACGUUAAUGCUCUAACCAUCACAGUUAACAUUUCUACGGGACGCAUCGAAGCCAAAGGACGAUAUAUCAAAGAAUGGGGAGCGAAGGAAUUUGAGCAUCUGCUCGGCAUGGUGAACAAGCCAGAUGAGACGUGGGACGCCGAAAGCAUCAAACCCUUCAUGAAGAUGAUCACAAACAAAGAAAAAACAAGCCAACAACCAUCUUCUCCCACUGAGAAAGCACCAACAAAAACCUCUGAAGAGAAUAUGACCCCGACUACAUCUCGAGAAAUGACAUUCUCUUUAAUGAAAUCACAACUUUCAAACCUCGAGGCAGAAUUCAUCUUAUAUAAAGAAAACAAUCAGAAUGCAAUUUCAGAACUCUCUGUCUCGAUAGAAAAGAAAGAUGAAGAGAUAAGUUACCUAAAAGAUGAGAUAAUGGCUUUAAAAUCUGCUGGCAAAGAAAAGCAGCAAAUUAUAAGUGACCUAACAGUAAACCAGUUGCAAAUUAAAGAAGAUAUUAAUGCCAUGAAUAAACGAUACAAAAAAAUCGAAGAAAAAAACACAAACUUAUUAAAAAUGUUGAAUACAAAACAAAAAGAAUCCCAACCUGAAAUUCCCACAUGGGCGUCGAUGUCCUCCAAUAACCCAACCAAGACAUACAGCGUCCCAACAUCAAACAGCUUUGAACCCCUUUCCACCAAAGAUCACACCGAAACAACACCAACACAAACCGACAUAACUAAAGAGAACCCCCAAACAAAGAAAGAGAACCCCCAAACAAAUAUAAGCAGCUCCCAAACAAGUAAAGACAACCCACAACCAAAGAAGGACAGCCCUCAACCCGCAAUUAACAGCUUACAACCGAAGAACAACAACCUUAAACCACAGAACAACACCACUCAAUCUAAUAAAGAUGACCAACAACCAGAUAAACACGACACCACAACAACCCAUAAAUCCAAUAAUACAGAAACCAUCAUCCUAUGUGAUAGUAAUGGACAUUAUCUGAAACCAAAAUUACUUUGCCCAAACUCAACAACCAGUUAUAUCCGAUGCCCCACAGUUGCCAAAGCAAAGCACAUAAUUCAAAACACUAACUUUACUAACCCGAAAAAUUUUAUAAUUCAUUGUGGAACCAAUGACAUUGAACACCUACCACCAGACCAAAACCUUGCCACUGAAAUUGAGGAUAUUACAAAACUAAUUAGAGGAAAACACCCAGAAUGCAGAAUCAUCAUUUCCUCUUUAUUACCAAGAAAAGAUGAAUUAAAUAAAAAUAUCCCUCUCAUCAACAAUGGAAUCGAAAAAGCUUUAGCAACCAUACCGAAUACCACCUUUAUUCACCACAACAACAUUAACAUCGACAAGGAUCUCUACGACAAGAAACACCUCAAUGAAAAUGGAGUAAAAGCUUUCGCCAAAAAUAUCAAAGCUGCCUAUUUCAAUACAACACCGAAGAAAACACCUAAUAGAAAAAAUUACCCCGACUUCACCCAACAACAGAAACGCCCUUUACACAACAAUCAACCCCACCCAUUUAUUCCUAACUACCACUACCCACCAUUCACACCCGUUGUCAAGUUACCACCACCUCACAUAAAUAUGCAACAAAUGGCGAAAGGAAAUUUAUCAUUCCAACCAUCAUUUCCUCAGAAACCCACACCCACUCACUACCACCUCAAUUGA